CGCUGUAAUUUAACAGAGUGUUUGGUUUAUUAAAGUAAGCGUUAACAUUUAAUGGAUUUUUUGUCUUAUGAAGAUUUGCGAAGCAUUUUAGCCGCUGCAGGCCAUCUGUAAUUCAUGUCAGAAACCCAAAAAUCAUGGACGGGAACAUGCCAGUGGAACCGGAACCAGGCUAAGCAUCCGGGACCCUUUUACGGAUAGCAACGUUGGGGGCACGGUCUGGGUUCGGUCAAAGAGGUCUGGAACCCAGACUAUNGCAAGCAACUGAUGUACCAGGAUGCAAAACGCCCCAUUCAUAUGCAUAUGCGCAAAUUUCGCACGCGGGUCGCGACGGUAGCGAGCGCAUGCCGUCUGACUACCUUUUGCCGUUGUGUUUCAGGUUACUGUGUGCUUUUUGGGGUCCCUGCGUGCUUCCUAAAAUUUCAAUUAGCUGUUUCCUGACUCGUUAAGUAUGUACAAGUGUCGUCACUGCCAUUACAGAUCAAACUCACCAAAAACUUAUUCCCAUCAUUAUGCUAUUCAUAGAUACAUUAAUAACACCAGUUUUCCCUGUGGUGUUCCUGGCUGUGCCCGAGCCUUUAGGGCUUACGAAAGCUUCACUUCGCAUCUCUCACGAGACCACUCUAACUACAGGGUUUCUCACAGUAUCACUGCGAAAUCAUCAGACACCAGCACUUCUAGUGAAUGUCACAACGUUCAACUUGGACAGGUGGACUUGGAGGAUAAAUUGGUGGAUUUAACCUGCACUCUCUGUGAGAUGCCUUGUGACCAGUACAGUGUGUUGUUGGCUCACUUAAAGGAGCACAUCAAGAAUGGAGCGGUAGUUAACUGCCCUUUUAAAGGAUGCACUUCUCAGUAUAGGUUCAUAUCUUCCUUGACUUCACAUUUGUCUCGUAUUCAUCCCACUUUGCCAUGCAAACCAGUGAUGCCCGAUUCGGCCACAGGAGGUGGUUGUCCUGUCAUGUCUCCCUCUGUGGAGUGCACAGCUAAUGAUUGCAACAUAGGAGGCAGCAACUUGGAAAUGCAGGAGCAAGCUCCUGCAGUGGAGGAAGAUGAAACUGAUUCUGAUGAAAGUUUGUCGGAUGAUGUGUUUCUUGAAAGUGUAGCUUUGUUUUAUUUGGGGCUCGAAUCAAAGCAGCAUGUACCACAGUCCACUUUACAGAAAAUUGUCACAGGUGUUUGUAAUUUCCAUGAUAUUAGCCAAGAACAAUUGCAGCUGCAAUUGAAAAAAACCCUUGAAGAAGAGGGCAUAGCUCUUGACCGAAUCCCUCUUAUAGUCAAUGAAGUUUUCAGUAGUGAUCUCUUUCACUUAGUGCACAACAGCCAUGAUGGUACUUUGAGGUCAAAUUACUGCAGAAAGAAAUUCUACAAGGAGCAUCUCGAUUUUAUUGCCCUAGUAUCAGUAUGUUUAGGUAGAGAUGGGAAGAAUUUAGAAAGGCAUUAUCAGUAUGUCCCCAUAAGAGAGACAGCUGAAUUCUUUCAAGAUCCAUCAGUGCAGAAGCAAUACAAAAUGAAACUAAAUGUUGCUAGUGAUAUUUAUGAAGAUUUUCAUAGUGGAGAGGUUUUCCAAAAACAUGAACUGUUUGGAAAAUAUCCUGACGCAGUUCCUUUCUGCUCUACCAGGAUGCUUUCGAGGUGGUGAAUCCUUUAGGGUCCGCCAAAAAUAAGCACAAAUUUCUGGCUGUCUAUGCAACUUUUGGGAAUUUACUCCCUCAGAAUCGGUCUAAAAUUGAACCAAUGCAGUUGGUGCUUCUGUGCAGAGAGAAGGACUUCAAAUACUUUGGCAUGGACAUGGUUUUUCAGAGGCUGGUGUCCGACUUGCAGGAUAUAGAGGAAAAUGGAAUGAAAAUGGGAGACAACCAAAAUGUACCAAGUUCCGUUCUUUAUAUUCUUGGUGAUAAUUUGGGUAGCCAUUGUGUUGGGGGGUUUUGUCAGAACUUCUCUUCACAUCCUUACAUGUGCCGAUUUUGUCUGAUCACACAAGCCGAUUUCCAAAAAAACCCUGUCAAUGAUGCAGAACUAAGAACAGUGGACAAUUAUGAGGCAGCCAUCACCCACCUUGAAAAU